AUGAGUAAAGAGAAACCUACCGACAUGCUUCACGACACUGUGGACGAAGAAGAGACAUCUCUACGCAAAGUCGUUCUUACUGAAAAAGGUCUCGAACAGUUUGAACAAGCUGUUGAGAAAUAUACACAGCGGAUAGAGAAAGUAUGGACUGUUGUUGAUAUUAACCUCAAAGGUGUAGAUAAGACACCUAAUGAUUUAAAUGCACUUCUAUUCCUGAAGCAGGACAUUUCAAAACAUGUGGAACAGUUGGAGAACGAGUGCCAUUCUUAUAUGGAAUUCCUAAACCGUCACAACUCCGAUGUUUGUGAAGAAAAGAGAAAUCACUUCAAUGUGACUUUACGAAAUUACAGAGUGCAAGUUGACUCUGCCAUGAAAAGAUUAUGCAUGCUAAUUCAGAAUAAGCAAGACACCUUGUCUACUGUGUCUUCUAGGCGCUCGAGAACUUCUAGAAAUUCGCGGAUUAGCCAAAUUUCUUCUGCCACAGUAAAGCGAGCCAAGGCUGAAGCUCUAAAGGUCUCUAUACAAUUUGCAGAAGACGAAGCACAGCUAAAGAAAAAACAAGCAGAACUCGAGUUUCAACGUGCAAUAACACUAAAGCAAACAGCAGAGAUAAGUGCAGAAAUGGAUUUGCUAAGCGUUAAACGAGAAGCUGCAGUUUUAGAUGCAGAAGCAAGUUUCCUCGAAGAAGGAGAACAACGUAGUUCAACACAAAGUGAUUUAGACAAUCGACAACAUAGUUCGACACAGGAUGAUUUAUAUAAUCUCGGGCAAGAAAACUCUAUGAAGCGUACUAGAGAAUAUGUUGAGAGCACAAGCCGCCCAUUAGGCUGUUAUGAAAACAUUCAACCAUUUCCGAUGAAUAUGCACACCACAGUAGCUUCAAAUGAACCACAUUUGUUUCGAAAUACACCUCUUCAUCCUCCAAUGCCCAUCAGCAAUGCUCAACUUGCUCAAGAAUCAAAUGUGCCUGUAUACUCACGAACUCCACCGCCAGAUUUUGUGCAAACACCUUCGGGUCAGACUGCUUCUCAGUGUCUUGCAACAGAUUUCACACAAUUUCUGUUAAAAAAGGAAUUGCUCUUUUCGCGUCUGAUCCACUUUAAUGACAAGCCAGAAUUCUAUCCUACAUGGAAGAAUAGCUUCAAAUCUAUCAUGUUUGAUCUCAAAGUCACUCCAGCAGAGGAAGUUGAUCUUCUUGUUAAAUGGACGGGUCCCUUAUCUCAGCAGCACAUGCUGAGCAUCAAGGCUGCCAACUCGAACAAUCCAGCUCGCGCACUUACAAGAUGCUGGACUCGACUAGAAGAAAGAUAUGGAUGCCCUGAGAUGAUGGAAGCAACACUGAAGUCAAAGCUAGAUACAUUUCCUACUAUCACUUCUAAGGACAUCCAUCGUUUAUAUGAUCUGUCUGACAUCAUCGACGAGAUAAAUGCAGCCAAGGAAGAUAGCAGAUACUCUUGUUUGUUGGCUUAUUUCGAUAGCUCUACGGGUGUGAUUCCUAUAGUGAGAAAGCUUCCAUUCAGCCUCCAGGAAAAGUGGACAAAUGUAGCGGUGAAAUACAUGAAGGAUCAUUGUGUAUCAUUCCCACCUUUUACAGUCUUCGCAGACUUUAUUCGGGAGCAGAGUCGCACAAAGAACAACCCAUCAUUCACUUACUUUAUGGAAUCUAAAAUAGACAGUCAACAGCAUGGCAAACGUGUACGUGAAAGGAAUUUACAUGUUUCUUCCAAGAAAACGGAUAUAUCUCGGGCGGAGGAAGACAAAGAGGAAAGAAAAUGUCCCUUGCACAAUACAUUUCACUCCCUUAAUAAAUGCAAGGGCUUCGCGAUGAAAUCCCUGGAAGAAAGAAGGAAGUUCUUAAAGGACAAAAACAUUUGUUUUAGAUGUUGUGAAUCACGAUCACAUAAACAAAGAGACUGUUCAGUCCCUGUGAAGUGUGACGAAUGUGACAGUACAUCUCAUCCCACAGCACUCCAUUGUCAUGCCGCAAAGAACCGAUUAGAACGAAGGCAUGAUGGCGGGGAGAAGCAUGACUCUAAGGAAACUUCAGAUGUGAAAGUUGCUUGCACUGAAAUUUGUGGAAGGAACUUUGGUGGCAAGUCUUGUGCUAAAACCUUACUUGUUCGAGUAUUCCCAAAAGAACAACCCCAGCAUGCAAAACUGAUGUAUGCAGUCAUCGAUGAUCAAUCGAACCGUUCUCUUGUCAGUCCCGAGUUCUUUGAGCUGUUUAACAUACAGAGUUACUCUACUUCAUACAUGCUCUCAUCAUGUGGUGGAACUAUUCAGACAUCGGGAAGGAAAGCAGAAGGUUUUGUUGUUGAGUCAUACGACAGUAGCUGUAAGAUGAAUCUACCGACUUUGAUCGAAUGCAGUCAGGUUCCAAAUGUACGCGAUGAGAUUCCCACACAGGACAUUGCGUUGCAUUACAGCCAUCUUCGUGAUGUAGCAAGAUUCAUUCCUCCACUCGAUCAUGAUGCGGACAUUAUUUUGCUCCUGGGAAGAGACAUUAUCCAGGCUCACCAUGUCCUUGAUCAACGCAUUGGUUAUGGUAACCAACCUUACGCACAGAAACUUCAUCUUGGGUGGGCCAUAAUAGGUGAAACUUGUUUAGGCAAGACUCAUGCGCCAGCAGUGGUCAACACAUACAAAACCCACUUACUAGGAUCCGGUCGUGUAUCAUUAUUUCCUCCCUGUACAAAUGAGUUCAGGAUUUGUGAGGAUUCUAACCGACAUUAUGGUUUCAGCAACAGAAACGCAGCAACACAUCUUAACAAUGAAGACUUUGGCAAGAAUGUUUUUCAGAGGACAAAGGACGAUGAAAAACCAGGCAUGUCUGUAGAUGAUCGUGAAUUCCUUCAAAUCAUGCACGAAAGCCUUCAGAAGGACAACACUGGAAACUGGGUUGCCCCUCUACCCUUUCGCCAACAACGAUUGAAACUUCCGAACAACAGAUCACUCGCUCUUAGAAGAGCCAAUGCAUUAGAUGUCAAUCUUCAGAAAAAUCCAAUUAAGAAAGAACAUUUUCUUGCAUUCAUGGACGGAAUCUUGAAAAAUGGCCAUGCAGAGGUUGCACCACCAAUAUCAGAACAAGAAGAAUGUUGGUUUCUUCCCAUAUUUGGCAUAUAUCACCCCAAAAAGCCUGAUCAACUACGAGCCGUGUUUGACUCUUCAGCUAAAUAUGGAGGAUUAUCUUUAAAUGAUGUUCUUCUAACUGGGCCAGAUCUUACCAAUAGUCUGCUAGGAGUCUUGUUGAGAUUUCGCAAGGAAUCAGUUGCAAUCAUGGGCGACAUCCAGCAGAUGUUUUACUGCUUUAAGGUACGCGAGGAUCAUCGAAACUUCCUAAGGUUCUUUUGGUAUGAAGAGAAUGAUCCAAACAGAACAAUGAUAGAAUUCAGAAUGACGGUUCAUGUGUUCGGAAAUAGCCCGUCACCGUCAAUUGCCACUUAUGGUCUUCGCAAGACAGCAGCAGUUGCUGAGCCAGAAUUUGGGAAGGAUGUAACUGACUUUGUAGAGAACAAUUUCUACGUCGAUGAUGGUCUGUUAUCUCUUCCUACUGUCCCACAAGCUAUUGACCUGAUGAAGCGAACACAACAAGCUCUCCAGUCACAAGGCAACUUGCGAUUACAUAAGAUAGCCUCUAACCACAAAGACGUGCUGAACGCCUUUCCAGCAGAUGAUUUAGCUAAAGGUAUGAAGGAACUUGAAUUUGGAAAGGACUCUCUUCCGAACCAACGUAGUCUAGGACUCAACUGGAACUUGGAAUCUGAUGUAUUUUUCUUUCAAGUCGCUACGGGAGACAAACCUUACACGAAAAGAGGAGUAUUGUCUACGAUAAACAGCAUAUUCGACCCCAUUGGGUUUCUUGCUCCUGUUGUGCUUGAAGGAAAGAGUCUCCUGAGACACCUGGUAUGUGGCGCGGUCGACUGGGAUGAAACGUUACCAGCAGAACAGAUGGGUGACUGGAAACGCUGGAAGGAGUCAUUAGUUCAUCUAGAGGAUAUCAAAAUACCACGUACAUACCUACCUGGUUCCCUGUCAAACUGUAAAGAGAAAUCGGUUCAUAUCUUCUGUGAUGCGUCUGAACUUGCAAUUGCCGCAGUUGGCUACCUGAAGACAACUUCUCAGAAAGAUGAAUGCAACGUCGGUUUCGUCAUGGGAAGAGGAAAACUCGCUCCACCUCAUGGACACACAAUUCCGCGACUGGAAUUGUGUGCAGCGGUAUUGGCUGUGGAACUAGCUUGUUCCAUCUCAGAUCACCUUUCGAUUCCGAUUGAUGAAUUCAGUAUGUAUUCUGACAGUCGUGUGGUCCUUGGAUACAUUUACAACACAUCAAGACGAUUUUACACUUACGUAACCAAUCGUGUGUCAUUCAUUCAGAAAAUGACUAAACCGGUCCAGUGGUCAUUUGUUCCAACGGAAAGGAAUCCUGCAGAUCAGGCUACUCGUGCUUUACCAGCACAAGACUUGAAAGAUAGCGCUUGGAUAAAAGGACCAGCUUAUCUUAUAGAACAAACCCAACCCAUCAAUGAAACAUUUGAAAGCAUUGACCCGGACAACGACAAGGAAGUGAGAUCAGUUGUCAUCUCCAAUAAAACAUGUGUGACCGCUCCGUCAUUGGGAUCUGACAGAUUCUCUAGAUUCUCAACUUGGAAGAAUCUCACAGAGACUUUCUCUUUGCUGAAACACAUUGCAGAGUCAUUCCAUCGCAACAGUGAUUGUGCGGGGUGGCAUGUGUGUUCCAAAUCCAAAACUGUUGAUGCCUUUCAGCAAGCAGAGUUGAUGAUCAUCAAGGCAGUUCAACGAGAGUUUUACUUUGAAGAAUAUGAAUCUCUAGUUCAUGGCGAACCUUUACUGAAGUCAAGUACCUUACUGUCUCUUGAUGUUUUCCUUGACGACGAAGGCGUACUGAGAGUUGGAGGAAGGUUGAACAGGAGCAAGAUUCCUCGCGAUGUCAGAAACCCAGUCAUCAUUCCAGGCCGACAUCACAUCGCUCUGCUUCUUGUCAGACAUUUCCAUUCUCUUGCCAAACAUCAGGGUAGACACAUAACCUCUGGAACUAUACGAAACGCCGGGUUUUGGAUCAUUGGAGGCAAACGUUUGAUCUCGUCUGUCAUCCAUAAGUGCGUUAAGUGUAGGAAACUACGUGGACAGAUGGAGCACCAGAAGAUGGCUGAUCUGCCACCCGAACGUGUAGAGCCAAGCCCUCCGUUCACUUAUGUAGGCCUUGACACUUUCGGUCCUUGGGAAGUGGUCACUCGGAGAACAAGAGGUGGAGCUGCACGUGCAAAACGUUGGGCCAUACUCUUUACCUGUCUGGCAACUAGAGGUAUCCAUAUCGAGGUGGUAGAAGACAUGAGUUCAUCUGCAUUUAUUAAUGCAUUCAAGCGUUUCGUUGCCAUCCGUGGCAAGGUUGUACAAGUUCGUUCGGAUAGGGGAACAAAUUUUGUGGGUGCAACAGAAGAUCUCCAAAUCGAUACCAUAAACGUGGAAGAUGGACCUGUGAAGAACUUCUUGUAUAACAAUGGAACAACUUGGCUAUUCAACCCACCACAUUCCUCCCACAUGGGAGGUGUGUGGGAGCGCUUGAUUGGGGUAACGAGAAGGAUUCUUGAUGCAAUGCUAUCAGAGAUACUCCCUGGUUCCUUGACACAUGAGGUUCUUACAACAUUUCUUGCAGAGGCAUCUGCAGUAGUGAACUCACGACCUCUCGUAUCGUUAUCGACCGACCCUGAAAACCCUCUACCUUUGAGUCCAUCCAUGAUGCUUACUCAAAAACCAGCCAUGACGAGUAUCAGUUUGCCAACAGUAGAUGAGAAGAACAUGUACCGUGCACAAUGGAAACGUGUCCAACACCUCGCUGAAGUGUUCUGGAGAAGAUGGAAAUCACAAUACCUAGACACUCUACAGAGUUAUCGAAAAUGGAAAUACGAUCGGCGUAACCUUUCAGAGGGAGAUGUGGUUCUGAUGAGAGACAAUUCAGUUGCACGCAACUAUUGGCCAAUGGGUAUCAUCACCAAAGUCUUCCCUAGUAGUGAUGGCAAGGUUAGGAAGGUAGAGGUCCGAGUAGUGUAUCGUGAAGGUGGAUCAUCGGUGUUCACGCGUCCUGUGACCGAAGUUGUGCUUUUGUUGUCUGACGAUUAGGCCAACUCAAUUCUUACAUGUAUCUUCACAUUUUACGACUGUGACUGUGUAGUUGAAAUAGCAAUUUAGAAGUGAUGUCAAAUAACAUCAGGCGAGGAGUGUGCCGUCCCGGCAAGAGUUAUCUUUUGACUUCUCUUAUAUUGAGUUAUCUCUCUUUGGAUAUUGUUUAGUUAUGAACCGCCAUAUUUUUUGGUUACACGUUUUUCUGACCUCGUGUUCAAUAUCGCAAAUUGUGGCCCAUCACAGUCUUUUUACCAUCAACAUCAUUGUGUUAUCAUAAUAAAUUCAACUGAAACAC